GGGGAGAUUGUCGCUUCAAAUUUUCCAACGUUCAAACACCAAAAAAAUAUAAAAAAUGGCCGAAGAUGAUGUUGCCGCUCUUGUUGUUGACAACGGUUCCGGCAUGUGUAAAGCCGGUUUUGCCGGAGACGAUGCUCCAAGAGCUGUCUUCCCGUCCAUAGUUGGAAGACCCAGACAUCAGGGUGUCAUGGUUGGAAUGGGUCAAAAAGAUAGCUAUGUUGGUGAUGAGGCACAAAGCAAAAGAGGUAUCCUGACCUUAAAGUACCCUAUUGAACAUGGUAUUGUUACAAACUGGGAUGACAUGGAAAAGAUUUGGCAUCACACAUUCUACAACGAAUUGCGUGUUGCUCCUGAAGAACAUCCAGUUCUUCUCACUGAAGCUCCCCUCAACCCAAAAGCCAAUAGGGAAAAAAUGACUCAAAUCAUGUUCGAAACAUUCAACUCUCCUGCCAUGUAUGUGGCCAUCCAGGCUGUUCUGUCUCUUUAUGCAUCUGGACGUACAACUGGCAUUGUGCUUGACUCUGGUGAUGGUGUAACUCACACUGUACCCAUCUAUGAAGGUUAUGCUUUGCCUCACGCCAUCUUGCGUUUAGAUCUUGCUGGAAGAGAUUUGACUGACUACCUGAUGAAAAUUUUGACUGAGAGAGGUUACAGCUUCACUACCACGGCUGAGAGGGAAAUUGUGAGAGACAUUAAAGAGAAGCUCUGCUAUGUUGCUCUUGAUUUUGAACAGGAGAUGGCAACAGCAGCUGCAUCAUCUUCCCUCGAGAAGAGCUAUGAGCUUCCUGAUGGUCAAGUCAUCACCAUUGGUAAUGAACGUUUCCGCUGUCCAGAAGCCCUCUUUCAGCCAAGUUUCCUGGGUAUGGAGUCAUGUGGUAUUCAUGAAACAACAUACAACAGCAUAAUGAAGUGUGAUGUGGAUAUUCGUAAGGAUUUGUAUGCCAACACUGUGUUGUCUGGUGGCACUACAAUGUUCCCUGGCAUUGCUGACAGAAUGCAGAAAGAAAUUACUGCUCUUGCUCCAGCCACAAUGAAGAUUAAGAUCAUUGCCCCACCUGAGAGAAAGUAUUCUGUAUGGAUUGGUGGGUCCAUCCUGGCAUCCCUCUCAACAUUUCAACAAAUGUGGAUCAGCAAACAGGAAUAUGACGAAUCUGGACCUUCAAUUGUCCACAGAAAAUGCUUCUAAGUGUGUGAACUCAGUCUAUGCAUUCACAUUUUGUUGGGUAUCACUUGAGUGACGUUCAUUCCUUCUUUUAUGAAUACGUUAAAAACAUUGUUUCAUAUAAGUAUCUAUGCAUUAUGGUCUGGUAGUUUUCCUGACUGCUGUUUUUGUUAAUGUUGUUAUCUGGUUUGUAGCUGAUUGGUGAUCUGCAGUGCUUGUUAGUAACCAUCACGUUAUUAAAUUGCCAUGCACUGUGUUGUCGGAUAUUUGUUCUAUUGUAAUAUAAAUCAAAAAAUUUGUAA